AUGUUUUCCUUUUUCUUUUCCUUCUUUCCUUCCUUUCUUUCUUUCUUUCUUUCUUUUCCUCUUUCUUUUUUCUCAUUCUUUCUUUUUUUCUUCCCUUUCUUCUUUCUUUUUCUUUUACUUUCUUCCUUUUUCUCUUUCUUUCUUUCUUUCUUUCUUUCUUUCUUUCUUUCUUUCUUCUAUUCUUUCUUUCUUUCAUCCUUUCUUUUUUAUUUUCUAUUUUUUCUUUUUCUCAUUCUUUUUUCUUUCUUUCUUUUUUAUUUUCUAUUUUUUCUUUUUCUCAUUCUUUCUUUUUCUCUUUUUUCUUUCUUUCUUUCUUUUUAUUUUCUAUUUUUUCUUUUUCUCAUUCUUUCUUUUUCUCUUUCUUUCUUUCUUUCUUUCUUUUUCUCUUUCCUUUUUCUCGUUCUUUAUUUAUUUAUUUAUUCACUUUCUUUUUUCCUUUUAUUUCUUUCUUAUUCAACUAUUUGA